AUGCCUCGGAUCACUAAAUUCAAGAAAAUCAAAUUGAAUCGUUCUCGCUACAAUGAAUUUCAAUCAGCAACCACGAAAGAAGACCCUUGUAACAACUCGAGUGGAGAUGAAGCACAACUUUCUCCGACCACAAGGGCCAUUCAAAUCAGUCCCAAAGAUGUAGAUUCCAUCGUGAUGAAUGUUAUUCAAAAGCGUGAAUGGAAAAGUAAAUUAGAGCUUUUGGAAGAUAAAUGGAGAAAAGAGUGCCAACAACAAGGUAUUUCUAACUCUUCGGUGGAUGUUGCUUUUGAAAUUCUUCGUGAUAUUGUACAUCAAGGAAGAGGAGCAAAGCAAUGUUGUGGUUGUUGUGGAGCUGAUCCUCGUCCCAUGAAAAACGAAUAUGGCAAUGAAGACGAUGAAGAAGAUCCAGAAUAUGUCGAUUCCGAAGAGGAAGAAGAGAGAAAAGAAAAAAAGAGCUCUUUGUUUGGUGCCUACAAUGACUACGAAGAGGAGAGAUACUCUCGUUCCACUCGUUUUUGUGAAUGUCCCUGUGAACAUUGUGCUAUCAAUCCUACAGCACAAUUCUCAGGAGAAAUUGAAAUUGAGGAUGACCUCAUUCCACUGGAGUUGAAAGAAAGAUUAAAGGCUCAGUUAUCACGCUUGGAAAAUGUGCCAGAAGAGAAGAAGGAUUGGCAUCCAGGAAGUAAUCAUCAAGUCUUGGAUCUCAUUCAUCCAUCCUUGUAUUGUUAUGUCGAGAAUGUGAGUGUGAGCGAUAAGGCCAUGGAAGCGGAAAAGCCUAAAACCGAUCAUUAUUGGUGGAGACCUCAACCUGCAGAGGAAAAACCUAAAACUAAUAGAUGUCAAUGGCUUCCAGUGGAAUUUGAGAUUGAGGAUGAUGAGGUUUCGAGAAUUGCUUCAUACAUUAAUAAUUUGGAUGAAAUCACUCACAAGGAUUUAUAUCAGACCAUCCAGGAAAUAUUCUCCAAGUUUCUGCCCAUGGUGGGUUAUUUCAUUAAUUUUGACGAUCGACUGCAGGUAAUUGUAAAAGCAGCAAACAUUAUUGUUUCUCCUGACAAACCAUUCUAUAGUGGAGGCACUUUUCACACGGAAGGCAUGGACUAUGAGCAUAUUGCUGCCACAUGUAUUUACUAUUAUCAAUCGGAGAAUGUGAAAGAUAGUUAUUUAGAAUUUCGAGAAAGCAUUUCAGAGCCGUAUGGUUAUGGCCAAGAUGAUGUGAAAGGAUGUUUUGAAAUGUAUGGCCUCCAUGAUGGGGAUCUUCAAUUUAGAAGUUUGGGUGCUAUUGAGACCAAAGAAGAUAGGUGUAUUGUUUUUCCAAACACGGUUCAACACCGAGUAAGACAUUUCUUCCCUAAAAAUCCGUCACUCCCAGCUGUUCGUAAAAUUUUGGUAUUCUUUGUUGUGGAUCCAAAUCAUCCGAUUAUUUCAACACAAAAUGUUGACAUUCAAAGAAUGGAUUUUCUAAUUAACAAGUAUUUUCUUUUCAACAAACUACUUCCAUUCCAUGUAGUACAUAAGAUUCUAUCGUUCUUACCUCAUUUUACCAGAGCUGAGGCAUUGAAAUAUAGAGAGGAUUUAAUGAACCAGCGAAAGUUUUUCGUAAAUGAGCAGAAUGUGGAAGUGGAACGCGAAUUUUCUCUGUGUGAACAUUAG